CUUUGCUUAACAUUCACUUUGGUUCUGUUUGAACAUUGUCUUAUUCUUGAUUUGGUUAAGUUGCACGAGACAUUAAGGUCUCAUAAAUAACAACCAGAACGAGAGAAAGUUUGCCGAGGCCCAACACACCACCUGACGUACGCAAGUAGUUAGCAAACUUAUAACGAUUUCUCUUAAACUCCACAUUUGAACCUUAUUAAGUAUGCAAACAACGUAAACACCAGCCCGAUAUGUACGUACACCCGCGGCAAGCAAAACAAUAAUUUGCAGAUGUGAGUUUGUGCGGCGUCGGUGGUAGGCAAAACAAAAGCCGAAGGUUGAUGGGAAGAAAGUUCGACACCCGCGUAUCGAUGCACUUAUGAUGAUCUGGCUUUCUUAUCAAUCUUCCACGAUUCAGCUCCCACACAGCGUCUUCUCAUCUGGACCGGCCCGGGUCUCAACAAUAGAAUAUGACUGCACGAUAAAAAGCGAUCAGCGCACGUGGAGAGAGAAGCUAAUGAAGCAUCGGAUUGAACGCCGAGUGCACGCUCGGCCCGUUCCGCGCCGUCUGUGGCCACGGACCUUGGCCACCAUGUGGCUGCCGGCGGUAAUUCGCGUGCCUUGGUGUAUCGGAAGCUCCCUACCCCAUAGAGUAUGCGCUUGACGUGCGCGCCGAGGAAGGGAUGAGGCUCGUCCGGCUCAACGAUUUGGGCCUUAGCGCGGUGCCCGAUUCAGUAGCGGUCCGUCCGUCCGGCAGGAAAUCCGCGCGAUCGCUUUCUAGAACCGGCGACAAGUGUCAACGCAACUGACGUUUCUUCGGUUUCAACGAUGGCGAAUCAAAGUAGGCGCGCGCGCGACGCAACGUGAUCGUUUGUGAGUGUGUGCGAGUGCGCGCAAAGACGCUCCAGCCGGCUUGAUCGUGUGUUUACUCACGACACUCUCACGUCAACGUGGUUAAGCGACUUUACCUCUCCUACCCAAAGGUUGGUUUUCCUCGGCGCUUUUCGCGUUGCUUUCCACGCCGACGACUUAUUAGCCGUUUUCAAGUUCAGUCGGAUAGAAGUGCGCGUCGCGGCCGUUUUUCCAGCGCAUUUUCGUGAGCUCCUUCCUGCACUUUCGUCUCUGUCGGCGUCGUUCUGUGUUAUUUAUCACCUGUUCUGUUUGUUUACGUUUUGGAAUUUUCGAAUCUCGCGUUUCCGAUCUGCGUGGCCAACUUUGUUAUUGUUUACAUCGCGAGGGAGAGAAAGAGUUAUCAGCCGUCAACGAACUUCCCCGCGAUUUUUGAAGAGCGGCAAAGUUUCGUGCAGGAAUUUGGAUGCCACUCGAAACAUAAAGGGCGCCAGCAAUAUUGAAUCAAAUCGUCAAUGAAAAGUGAAGCGAAUAGUUGAAAAAUUCCAAACCCCAACCAAACCGUCCAACUGUAACGUUUCAGCGUCACAGCGCGAGCGCGGGGGUGGCACGAAGUUGGAAAUAUCAAUCUUCGAUAAUUAAAAGCAAGUAAAACAGAAGCACGAGGAAGCAGAAAUCACAAAAUUGAAUGGUGUUUGUGUGUGUGCAGAAUUUAAAGCAGUUUUUCUAUGAAUCGAAUCGUCGUCGUCGACAAAGUGAAGUGAAGAGUGAUACACCUUCGCAGUUGAAUGGUUGAAAAGCAAUAUAAUUAAUUAAAUUUUCGGUACGAGUGGCUCCACCGUCCUGUGCUAUUCUAUUUACAAAGUUGGGGACGCCGCCGUCGAGUAACCGUCGAGAGUUUUGCGCUCGUUAUUAUAGUUUAUUGGAUUCUGUGAGUUUUUGCGAGUGACACAACAGCAGCAGUGUGUUUGUCGACGACCCAGAAGGAACGCGGUACGGUUGCAUGCACACGAGCAGCAUCUCGGCAAAUCGGAUCAGCCAAUUGGAAUGUCAUUGAAGAAAGAAACCCUAUCGGAUGUACAGCUACACUUGGCUGCCUUACGCGGAGACGAAAUGUUGCUAAAACGAGUGCUGGACAGCGGCAAGGUGCACGUCGACUGCCGGGAUGAGGACUACACAACUCCGCUAAUUCUGGCGGCAGCCGGGGGACACACGGCCUGCGUCAUAGAACUGCUGGAGCAGGGGGCGGACCCCAAUGCGAGACGAGUUACCGGAACGACGGCCCUAUUUUUCGCCGCCCAGGGCGGCUUCGUGGACGUCGCCAGGAUACUGCUGAAAGCCGGCGCACCGGUGGACUGUUCCUCGGUGGACGGUGGGACGCCACUGUUCGUGGCCUGUCAGGGUGGACACGACAGCAUGGUUAGCGAGUUGCUGAGCUACGGGGCGAACGUUCAUGCCUGCAUGAAGGACCACGCGACACCGCUCUUUAUCGCGGCCCAGAACGGGCACAGUGCGGUGCUGAAGUUGUUGUUGGCGGCCGGAGCCCAUCCGGAUACGCCACGGAACGACGGGGCCACCCCGCUCUGGAUAGCGGCCCAGAUGGGACACGACCACAUCGUGAAGCUGCUGCUGCUGCACGGGGCCUUCGUGGAUGCGGUGCGAUGUGACGGUGCCACGGCCCUCUUCAAGGCGGCCCACAAGGGCCACAGCUCCGUCGUGCACGAACUCCUCAAGUACCGCCCCAACCUGGGCCAGAUCCCGAACGGCGAAACAGCCCUGCACGCGGCCGCCCUCUUUGGCCACCUGCCGGUGGUCAAGCAGCUGAUCGGUGCCGGCGCGGACAUCCUGGCCAAGAACGCCGAAGGACUGACGCCGUUGCAAAUUUCGCGCCAACAAAAGUACCACGCCGUCUACCAGUACCUGAAGGAUCGCGAGCACUUUUUGCGCCACCAAAGUGCCAAGGCCGCCGCGGUCAGCACGGUCACGGUGGCCACCAGCGGAAACACGACGGCCUCGGUGGUCAACUCGGUGGCCAUCACCAGCUAGGCCGAGGCCACCGUUUCGUCGUCUUCCAGUGGCGGCGGCGGCGGCGGAAGAGAUUGAAAUAAUGUCGUUAAGGUGAGACCGGUGGUUCCGGAUUCGUGGCCAGUUUUUUUUGUUUUGCCUUUCUUUCACUAUAAUUUAUUCAUAAAAUGCAACAGAUAGAAAAAUUAGACUAACAAAUUAGCGUGUGUGUGUGGAGUUUGGGGGAAGAAUUAAGGUAGCAAUAAAAAAGAGAGGUGAAUUCCGACACACCGCAAACACAACAACUCUUGAAAACACACAGUCGUCCAGUUUAGUCACGAAUUAAGCUAGUUGAAGUAACCGCUAGGAGCUUUCGAUUUUUAGGAGGGAAUGACCAAAGAUCACGACGUAGAAACAAAGAGAAGAAGAGGAGAUCAUCAACCAUCAUCGCGAGCAGCGCGAUGAAAGCUCGCGAGCUGAGUGGAAAGUGGACAGAAGCAGAUGGAGAGAAGAAAAGAAAGGUAAGAAAGAAGAAAUCAUAAUCUUAAUCAAAUGUCAAAACAUUUAAUUAUUGAUUAGUGGCGAACGGAGUGAAUCCGCGGGUGAAAUAGAGAUAUGAAAUCACGAAUUGAUGCGUUUGAAGAGAAGCUCUGCGAUGCACGCGAUAAACUGAAGAGAGGCGCGCAGGGUGAGAAGGGGCGGUAUGCACCAAAAUAAAUGUGAUCAUCAUUAACAUUUUUAUAAUCGUAGCUGAAAUUACAACAUUUUUUCAAUAUUAUUUAUAACUAAUGGUUUCGUCUCACAUUUUCAAAAUUAACACACAAAAAAUGGGAGCGUUUAAAUGGAAAAUCGUUUAAAAUGAGAAUUUUCAUGACAUCAAUUAAGAAUCUUUAAUGUUGUAUCAUAAAUUGUAAAAAAAUAUUUAAAUUGAAAUACCGUGUCAUGGUUUCAAUAUUUGAACGCAUAAAGUGGUUUUUAAAUACAUUGCAUGCCAAGCCAGUUAUUAUUUUUCAAAAUGUCUGAGUAUUGUCCUGACUCGAUUUUCCGAAGCCUCGAUUAUCCGAUGUUUUAAUUAUCAAAAGUUGGAUUAACUGAAGGUUUGUAUUGGACUUCAGAUAAUCGAAUCACGAACAACAUUUUUUGUUUGUAUUUUUUAUUCCCUUUUUUAUUUGAGUUCUGCUACCCCUUUUUGUCAAAUUUGAAUGGUUGGCUGCAUAUCAAAUUGGAAAAUGCAUUUUUUCAAUAUUUCAUCAUCGCCAUUUUGGAAUUGAAAAUUCCACAUCACCUUAGAGCAGUUCAGAGGACAUACGACAUCAACAUUCAAAAACAAGACAACGAAAAAAUCUGUUUUAAAAUGCAUUUUGCACUAGUUAAGUUGCUUUGCAAAACACUACUUUUCAAAAAAGUAAGAUUCAACGGAAACAAAAAUUUUAGCAAAAAAAAAACUUCCUGAGAUUCUGUACAUCGAAAAUUUACAGUUUUUUAAUGAUUUGAAAGAUUUUUUUUAAUAAACCCAAACAACCUAGAAUGAUUCUAAACACAGGAGAAUGCAUUUGAUUUGAUUGAUUUCAUCUAAUUGCACUUGAAUUUUCAUUGAAAUUUAGCAAUUUUAGAAAAAAAAUGUGUGCUUCCUGAUUUUUAUAGAUUUUAAAAAAGUGCAAUUAAGAUUUUUUUUAAAUGUCCUCAAUCAAAUAUUUUUCUGAUUUCGUGAUUUGAUAACCCGAAGUGAAAUAUUGCCAAGGCCCUCGGAAAAUCGAGUCUGGACUGUAUUUACAAAAAAAUGUGAAAGAAAAACAUUUUGCUGCAAUUUUACAAAAAAAAAACUAAACAUUUUAAAGCGAGCCAAAGCAUGUUAAAUAUUAAUAUAAGCUCAGUAAAGUGCAUUUAAAAUUAAUUUUGAUUCUUUGGACUUCUGUUUCUGUUUAAAUUGCGAUGUUUUUUUUCAAAAAGUAUUUUUUUGUUCCUGUUUUGUGGGGGGAAACCUUGAAAAAUAAUUGCAGUUUAUUUUGAUAAACAUGCCUAGAGGAUGGUAAUUAGAAUAAAUUUGCUACAAAGAAUCAUGCGAAUCAUAAAGCACAAAUAUAUUUUAUUUAUGAUCUAAGUCUAAGUUGCUCUCUUAAAAAUCUGUAUUUUCUUCGGCCAGAAAAAUCUGAGGGCCAAACACUGUUUUUUCAAAAACUUCAAAAUUUCUAUUCCACUAGAAUUUCAAGUACAAUCAAAUUAAAUCAAUCAUAUCAAAUGCAUUCCCCUGCUUUUAGAAUCAUUUUAGGAUGUUUGGGUAUAUUAAAAAAAAUCCAGAAUAUUUGUGAAUUUUCGAUGUACUUUCGAUACUUUUUUUGAAAACUGAAAAACAACUGAACUAGUGUAAAAUGCAUUUUGAAACACAUUUUAUCUCAUUCAAAUGUUGAGACUAUGGCUUUUUGAUUCAAUGUUUUAUUUUUUGCCUCCUUCUCCUCGACCACGACUAGAGCCGAGGGACAAAGAUUUUUUUUUGUAAAAUGCAUCGGUUUUAGUUGAAAAUGCACUACAUUUUUUUUAAAGGUUACUGCAAUCAAAAAGUACUCUGUAAUUUUUGAACAAUUGUCAUGUUAAUUAUAAGCAAAAUAAUUCGUUAGAAUUUCAUUGGACCGUUGCAACAUUUAUUUAAUGUUUUUGGUCCCAAAUUUCCCCAAAAAAAUAAGGGGCAAAACAUUACAGACUAAUAUUUUAACAAAUCUUGAGAUCACAUAUCGGAAAAAAACACUUACGUAAAAAAAAAUUCGUAAUUUUUUUGAUAUUUUGCUUUUUUUAUAUUACCAUGAUUGAAAUGAUGCAUAACGCGUUUUGUGAUAGAUUUUGUUUCUAAAUAAAAAAAUACGCUUUUUUCUGUUGAACUAGCCUUACUGGGCUUUGAGAAUCUUAUAGCAUUGCUUCGAAUUUGAAUUGAGAAAAUAUAAAAUUUCUUAGUUUUUUUUAAGUCCGCUUCUAUUUAUCAAUUCACGAUGUUAGUCCAAUUUUCAAAAUUGAAACCUCAAACUGAAGCGAAUUUUUCAAUGCAUCAUAUAAAAAUAUUACAAAACUUGUUAAUUAAGCCAAACAUUUCAAUAAGUCUUAAAAAUUCCAUUAAAUAAUUCAUUGUUUUUUUUCAAUUCAAUUCUUUGCAAUGCUAUGUCUCAGCAAUUUUUUAUUCAUUUUUUCAAAGGCCGAUAAAUCAAUAUAAAAUUGCAGCGAAUUGAUUUUUUUUUAAUUUAUUCGCAAACGAUUAAGAUUCACAAAACAAAAUUAACUUUUCUGAAAUUUUUAAUGCUAUCUUGGUUACCGCUUAAAUUCCUUGUGAUUUUUUCAUAUAAAACUUUUCAACAAUUUUUACUCAAAUUAAAAUUAUUUUAAAUCUUUUUGAAACUAUUAAAAAUCAUCAAAAACAAUGAUUUUUUUAAUUGGUAAAUACAAACGGUAAAUUAUUCGGUUGAUACAGAUUUAAAUUAAAGUUUUUGUUUCUCGGCUCUAGUCAAGGUCGAGAGGGAAGGGGACAAAAACAAUUAAAAACAAAUUUUAAGUCUAGUUUAUCCAAAUUUUGAAUGAGAAGAUAGUAAUAGUGAUACUAAAUAAUGUAUACAUACAUACAUUGUUACAGUUAUCACAUGUUGGCAAAAUAUCAAUUAAUCAAUAAAAAAAACUUCACUUUUAAAAUGUAGUUUGAAUAGUUCACAAUCGAAAUAACUAGUUUUUCGAAUGAAAAUUUUAAUUUUGGUUCAAUUAUUGUGCUUUGCCUCCUCACUUCUUGAAUUUAUUUUGAAAGGGGAGAGGGGGACAAAAAUUGAACUCAAAUUUGCAAUGACCUGAUCAUGUGAUUCAAUUUAAAUAUAAUUAUAUCAACAAAUAAAGUUUGUGCAUCUUUAUGCAAUUCUUAUUUUUAAAUUACGCUGCAAAUUUGAAUUUAUCCUUAAUAAAUUAUUUUCUACAUGCUUGUUUUGAGAUUCACUGUAAAUAUUUUUUUUGGAUUCUGAUGAUAAGAAACUUUUCAAGAAUUGCAGUUAAUAAGAAAAGACAAUCGACACAAGAAAAAACUUUAUCGUUAUUCAGUUUUUCAGACAUCUGCUGGUUUAUUUACUUUGAUAUGGAAAAAUGCUUACUCAUAUUUUUUAAAUUUCUCUAUUUUUUUUUUACAUUUGUAACAACAAGGAUAUUGGUGCAUACCUCCCCUUACCGAAACAACACGCUCUCCCGAAAUCAGCAGCUCCAUCAAAAAUGCAUAAAAUAUAGUAGCAAAUAAAAGAAGAAAUUUUCUUCUCACAGCAAGAAUCACACAAAUAUGCGCAUAAAUAGAAAAUAAAUACAGAUAACAUACCCUUAACCUCAAAGCUAACAAAAAGGCAUACAAAAUAAACCCAUUAAAAGUUCCAAAGCUCAGAUGAAAAUACACACACACACAACUAAUCACACCCAAAUCGGCUUAGAUUUGUAGCAGUCAGUCACACAGUAGCUGAAAGUGUCCAAAGAGGAGGUCAAAGCAGGCGACGACGCACUUUUGUAGAUAUUACCUCUCUUAUUGAUGAUUCGCUGAUAAACACAGUGCAGUGUCGUAGAAAUUAAUUGACUUUUUACUACUUUUCUCUCUAUUUGUCUCUCUCUUUUCUGCGUGUGUACUUAUAGUGUAGUAUCGUGAUUCGAUAUCACGGGCGCCAAUCGGUCCUCUUUCUCUCACUCACUCUUACACUCACUAGAUGUUCGAGCCCUUUCUCUGACACGCAUAAAAAAAUAAAGUUAACUAAAGGGAAAUUGCCUUCGGCGCAGAUCGAUGAAACGUCCCUCGGCUUGAUGUAGA